AUAAUCUGAUAUCAUGUUUAGUUCCUUCAUUUAAAAGAGACACAGCAUGUUAUGAGCAGUAUUCGUAAAAAUUAAUAAAUUAUUAAAAUGACAAACCUGGAAAAGUAUAAACCACAAUCGAAAUUGGUUUUAACCGCCCUGCUCUCCAGCGGAGUGACUGCAGUUUUGUGUAUAACGUACAUAAUACUGUGUGCAAUUGCUUUAAUAUACAAAGAGGAUUGUGGUAUCAUAAAACCAAAUGAAUUCACAACAGAAUAUUUUUGGACAACUGUUUUUCUGAGAUAUUUUCAAGAUUGUGAAAACCAUUCAUGGCUUAAGGAUUUGAAUGUGACCUCGGCGAACACAGUGUUUAUAUUAUUGAUCCUUACUUUAGCAGCGUCCAGUGUUUGUCUCAUCAUGGCUUGUAUUCUUACAACAGUUGUAUGUAGUAAAGAAAGCGCGCAGUAUGUAACUGUAACAGUAUAUGCGUAUGUUGGAUUUAGCGUUGCGUCUUUGGUGGUUGAUUUAACUUUUGCCGCACACUUUGGAUUGGACUAUACGUAUCUUGGUAAUCAAUUAUUGAAAGAAACGACAAAUAAAGAACUUUUUGUACUCUACUAUGGCGCAUUCGCGUUGAUGACAAUCUCCCUAAAAGGAUAUGUAGCUCAUGCUAUCAACCUCGUAUUCCUCGUACUACUUGUCAUUUAUGCAGCAGAAAAUUGGAACCAGCAAAAAGAUGAGCAUUCCAUUCACAAAAUGGGCGCCUUGAACGCAUUUGAGCAUGGCAGGAAACCAGACGACGACUGGACUCAGCAUCCAAGUUACCCGCCAUUUACAAGAAGUUCACAUAUUAACAACGGAUUCAUCAACGACGAGGACCGCCCGCGAAGCCCGGUGCGCGAAGCUACUCAACCGGAUUACAUGACUAAUCGUUCGUUCGACCGCUCCGAUUCGUGGCAUCACAGCCGCGCUCCGCGUGACCUGGGACAGAAUAGUCGGCCGUUUUCUUAUCUAGAAGACAUCAGACGACCCGUGGCAGUGCGGCCGCCGGCGUCGCCCACCGUAGACCCCCACUGGCGACGCGACCAGUGGCCGCCGGUGGCCGGCCCCCCGGUCCCCGCGCCCGACUACAGCCCACAGACGCCUCGUCGGCUUAAAUCUGCAUUAAAAUCCGGCUACUAACCCGAUAAUAUUUGUAUACUAUUAUCCAAGGUUAUAAAAAUAAAGUCAGUUAUUUAAGAAUAUUUA